UAUUUCACAUUGGCGGUCUAACCGGUUUAAUGAUUCCCCCCUUUCCAUAGUUAUGAGCAGGGACCAGCUCCAGUGGGCCCUGGUCACAGGGGACUGUCAGGAGUUUGAAAAAAAUCUUGAACAACUACCUGACGUUAAUUGCACGCUUGCAAAUGGGAGGGCCCCUUUACAUUUUGCUGCCGACUUCGGACAAAAAGACAUAAUACAGUUUUUAUUAGAUAAGGGUGCAAAUAUUGACUUGAUGGAUGGUUUUGGGGUAACGCCACUUCUAGCAGCUAUUUAUGAAGGGCAUCUUGAUUGUGUAGAACUUCUUUUGCGACACGUAGGCUUUCGUCACUUAUGUUUUCUUUUUAAGAAAGCUAAAAUAGGAACAGCACCAAAUGGAGCAACGUAUGAGGAAUGUACUGAAUCAGAAGCCAUAAAGAAGCUCCUAAGAAGAUACCAAUAG